GGCCUGGGGAGUCCCCAACUUCUGCGCGGUGGAGUCCAGCGGGGAGACAGCGUUCCCCAGACGCCCCUACUUUGUGGAAGGGGGGCUGGAUUCUGAAGGAUGGAUCGGGGGCUCCCGGCUUCCCGCCGCCGAGUGGGAACUCGUGAUCGCAGACUUGAUCCCGCUUGACUGGUCCUUGGAGUUUGGGUGGCAGGGAGACUUUCCCCAACUCUUGAGAUCCUUCACCGGCCCUGAACCAGCUCCAGCCCUCAGCUCCCCUCAGCCCGCUAAAAGGGGGGUGCUCCUGGGCCAGAGUGAUUGCUCAGGGGGUGCUGGGGAGAAUGAGGGGUUCCCAUCUCCCACAGCCACAAACGCAAUUCUCAAAAUGGAGCCUCCACUUGCCCCUCCUUCUCUCCAAGAGCGGGAGCCGGGCUGGCUGGGCCUGGCUUUCCAGACUCCUGGCUCUGGCUCCCUGGGUAUGUGGCUCUCGGGGCCCAGCUCUGUGGCACUUUGGACUUAGGGGCCCUCGGCUCCGGGGGGUUGGGGGCCCUGGCUCACUGGGUACGCCUGACUAUCUCCUUGUCGGCCUGACCCUCGGGCCGCUCCAAGUCUUUGUCUCUUUUGGGUCCCUGUCUUUCUCUGAGCCUGUCUCCUUCCUUCAGUUUUCACUUUCUCCGUGCUCGCUGAAGUGGGGAAAUGCAACAGAGAUGCCAGCCCUUGGCCUCCUAAGAAGUCCCUUCCCCACUGUUCACUCCACGCCCUGGAGUGGGCCCAAGAGGGGAGGGGAAGGGUUUCUCUAUCUGCUCUGCUAGGCGCUGGGAUGUGUGGGGUGGACUGAGCCCCCGCCCUGCAGAGGGGCCUGUGAUGGCUCCCUGCGCCCGGCCUACCCCUCCCCCAGCUCCCCACAGCUCCUGCCCCAGCCUGGACACCUCUUCCUGGUUCGCAGUAUCUUUUGACUUGGGUAGGAAGGAGGGCGGUGGAUUUAAUGGAGCGCAUGCGAGAAAGAAGGGGAACAGAUCGGGCAAAGGAGUUAGAUAAUGUCCCACCUCUCCCCACAUGCCAGAGAGGGAAGGAAACAGGCUCCCCCCACCAACCGGCCCUCAAGCCACCCAGGCUUCCACCACCCUCAUACCUGCGUGCCCACGUUCACAGGUUCCUCUGCACAUCCUGGUGCACUCACCUUCCUAGUCGCACACAUACAUAGGAGAUCACACAUAAACUCAUGAACUUACUGACAAAGCUAUCCGGGCACCGUCUCUCCCAGACACCGCAAAUUCACUUGUUAGAUCCACAUUUAUAACUUUCACAGGCUUUCUAAUGACCCCUUACCCACUCAUAUAUGUGAAUGUACUGAUACAUCAAACGUGUAGACUCACAUUCACAAUGCUUUCACACACAUUUUCAUAUACACGUGUUCAUUUCCACGCUCCUGUGCAUGUAGUCACACAACAAAUAACUAAAUGCACACAUUCCUACUCCCAGUGCAGUUCUCUGUCCAGUUCUUGGCCCCGCUCUGCAUGAUGACUUCAGCAGAUGCCUAAGUCCUGGUCAUCAGCGGCCUCGGGACUGGGACUAGGGAGGGGGUUCUGGGUGGAGGCUUGCAGCUGCUUCCAGGAAGCAGCAGGGCCUGGGGAGGUGGAGCCGUCUUGCCUGGGUUCUGUGGAAGUGAGGUUUUGGAGCAGCCACUAGAGGUGAAGGCGGGACCUCUACCUUCCUCCCCUCAGGGUUAGUCUGGGGACCUUCUGAAGCUGUAGGAUUUCAGAGAGGUUGGCAGAGGGGUAGGGCCUGUGGAGGCUCCUUUAGGCCUCACUGAUUGGGUGUGCAGAGGUUAGGAGUUGUCAUGGAAACUGUAUGAGCCUGCAUCCACCUCUGGGAGGCAGGAGACCCCAAAGGACACCUGUGGACUCCCUAAGAGUGAUGGUUUUCUUAUUUAGCCGGAUCCACAGAGAGGCAGUGUAGCCGCCUCACUGUCUGGGAGAAACUGAGGCCCAGCAGAGGGAGGCAGGGCACUGACUGACUUUGGCUCUUUGUUCCCUAAUUACCAUCUGAGGUGCUGAUUGCACCCCUGAGGUACUUCAGCCCAAAUUGCCCACCUGGCUUAGAGGACCAAGGACCUGUGCUUCAAGCUGGGGGAGAGGGCCCCUCCCUCACCUGAGUCCUGGCCUCUGUGGGAUGCAGGAUUGGGCUUAGGCCUGGGUCUUUGCUGACAAGUGGCUCUGCAGUAAUCACCCAGGCCUCCCAUCCCUCUCAGCAUCUCUACUGAGUGAAUUCAAUCCUCAGCCCUGUUCAGACCAGCAUUGGACAGUCUGGUCUGGGGCCCAGGGGGAAUUGAGGUUCAUUCCAGCACUUGAAGGGGAAGUCUUGGUGUGGGGAUCAAGGCUUAUUACUGAUGUCAAGGAGGUGUUUGGCCAGGAUCAGUGGGUCAGGAAGGGUCUCUAGGUGGAGGGACUCUGAUACCACUGCCCUGCUUACAGGUCACCUGCGAGGCCGCUGGCCAGGCCUGAGCCUUUGCCACCAUGGCCAUUGUGCAGACUCUGCCAGUGCCACUGGAGCCUGCUCCUGAAGCGGCCACUGCCCCGCAAGCUCCAGCCAUGGGCAGUGUGAGCAGCCUUAUCUCAGGCCGGCCCUGUCCCGGGGGUCCAGCUCCUCCCCGCCACCACGGCCCUCCUGGGCCUACCUUCUUCCGCCAGCAGGAUGGCCUGCUGCGGGGUGGCUAUGAGGCACAGGAGCCGCUGUGCCCAGCUGUGCCUCCUAGGAAGGCUGUCCCUGUCACCAGCUUCACCUACAUCAAUGAGGACUUCCGGACAGAGUCACCCCCUAGCCCAAGCAGUGAUGUUGAGGAUGCCCGAGAGCAGCGGGCACACAAUGCCCACCUCCGCGGCCCACCACCGAAGCUCAUCCCUGUCUCUGGAAAGCUGGAGAAGAACAUGGAGAAGAUCCUGAUCCGCCCAACAGCCUUCAAGCCAGUGCUGCCCAAACCUCGAGGGGCUCCGUCUCUGCCUAGCUUCAUGGGUCCUCGGGCCACCGGGCUGUCUGGGAGCCAGGGCAGCCUGACGCAGCUGUUUGGGGGCCCUGCCUCCUCCUCCUCUUCUUCCUCCUCCUCUUCAGCUGCUGACAAACCCCUGGCAUUUAGUGGCUGGGCCAGUGGCUGCCCAUCAGGGACGCUAUCCGACUCUGGCCGAAACUCACUGUCCAGCCUGCCCACCUACAGCACCGGAGGUGCCGAGCCAACCACCAGCUCCCCGGGCGGGCACCUGCCUUCCCAUGGCUCUGGGCGAGGGGCACUGCCUGGGCCAGCCCGAGGGGUCCCUACUGGGCCUUCCCACUCAGACAGUGGCCGGUCCUCCUCCAGCAAGAGCACAGGCUCCCUGGGGGGCCGUGUGGCUGCUGGGCUUUUGGGCAAUGGUACCCGGGGCUCCCCUGACAGCAGCUCCUGUGGGGAGCGCUCACCACCACCCCCGCCUCCACCUCCUUCGGACGAGGCCCUGCUGCACUGUGUCCUGGAAGGAAAGCUCCGAGAGCGGGAGGCAGAGCUUCAGCAGCUGCGGGACAGUCUGGACGAGAAUGAGGCUACCAUGUGCCAGGCCUAUGAGGAGCGGCAGCGGCACUGGCAGCGAGAGCGCGAGGCCCUGCGAGAGGACUGUGCGGCCCAGGCACAGCGGGCACAGCGGGCCCAACAGCUGCUGCAGCUGCAGGUGUUCCAGCUGCAGCAGGAGAAGCGGCAAUUGCAGGAUGACUUCGCACAGCUGCUGCAGGAGCGUGAACAGCUGGAGCGGCGCUGCGCCACCUUGGAGCGGGAGCAGCGGGAGCUCGGGCCAAGGCUUGAGGAGACCAAGUGGGAGGUGGGCCAGACCAGGAGGGGCAGGGAGCAGGGUCACACAGGGAGAAACCCUGGAAAAAGGGGCCCAGCCGCACCCUUCCUCAGCCUGCCACCGCCAGAGGUCCUCCCCUUCCUAACCUCGGUGUGCCAGAAAUCAGGCGAGAUCUCCCUGCUGAAGCAGCAGCUGAAGGAGUCUCAGGCAGAGCUGGUGCAGAAGGGCAGCGAGCUGGUGGCCCUGCGGGUGGCACUGCGGGAGGCCCGUGCUACCUUGCGGGUCAGUGAAGGCCGUGCGCGGGGUCUACAGGAGGCCGCCCGAGCUCGGGAGCUGGAGCUGGAAGCCUGUUCCCAGGAGCUGCAGCGACACCGCCAGGAAGCCGAGCGGCUGCGGGAGAAAGCUGGGCAGUUGGAUGCUGAGGCGGCUGGACUCCGGGAGCCCGCUGUGCCACCUGCCACCGCUGACCCAUUCCUCCUGGCAGAGAGUGAUGAGGCCAAAGUGCAACGGGCAGCAGCCGGGGUUGGGGGCAGCUUGCGGGCCCAGGUGGAGCGACUGCGGGUGGAGCUGCAGCGGGAGCGGCGGAGGGGUGAGGAGCAGCGAGACAGCUUUGAGGGGGAGCGGCUGGCCUGGCAGGCAGAGAAGGAGCAGGUGAUCCGCUACCAGAAGCAGCUGCAGCACAACUACAUCCAGAUGUACCGGCGCAACCGGCAGCUAGAGCAGGAGCUGCAGCAGCUCAGCCUAGAGCUGGAGGCCCGGGAGCUCGCAGAGCUGGGCCUGGCUGAGCAGGCCCCCUGCAUCUGCUUGGAGGAGAUCACUGCUACUGAGAUCUAGGGCCCUCAGCACCCAGCUCUGCAAGGAGCUCUGCCAGAGGGGCAGCAGCUGCAGAUCCACUUAGGCCCCAGGGCCCACGGAUGACCCCAAAAGCUGAGGGCCCCAAAGCCACUUGUCUCCUAGGAUCCAGGCCUUUUGGGCUUCUGCCAGGAACUCGGGGUGGUCGUAUGACUUGGAGGAGCAAGAUCAGACCGCUGGAAGGUCCCCGUGUUCACUGUCACCCAGAGGCUCCUGUCACUACCCACUUCAUUCCCCACCGCUGCCAGUGCCACUGCCAACCCUGUUCACAGGCGCUUCCAGCCCACUCCAGCCAGGGGAGCUGGGAGGAAGAAGGGGCUCCCUCCUCUCCAGAUUCCCCCCGACCCCAAAGCCAGAGAAAGCCAGAUGGCACCAGCUGCUCCAGAUGUGCCUGCCCAUAUUGGGGGACAGGGCCGGGCCUGGGCUCGGUUCCCAGGUUCGAGCCCUGCAGCCUCUCUCCUGGAGUGAGGGGCUGAAGUCAGACCAAAGGAAGAACUCAGAAAUGUCUUGUUUAUUUGUGUUUGUGACCAAGCAGCCUCUCCCUUCACCCAGGUUUAUGGCCUCGUUUUCACUUGUAUAUUUUUCACACUGUAAAUUUCUUGUACAAACCCAAAGAAAAAAUUAAAAAAAAAUUUUUUUUUGUUUAAAAA